AUGCUGUUACUGCGUACAUCGUUAGCUUUCAUCUCUUGUACUUCAAUUCAUAGUGAUUAUUCAUUAUUUCAUACUAAUAUUCGUCAACUGUCCUAUCUAACAUUCGAUUGUUUAUAUGCUUAUUUAGUUGAUGGUGGCAGAGAAAUAGGUGGAAGUUAUAUUCGUAGUUAUCAUUUAAUUCUAUACUGUAGAUGUCCUGAUAAUGAUAAAGAAUUGGAACAAGAAUCUCACCUUAACCAUGAGAAUAUAGCGCAACGGAUAAGUUUUGAUGAAUUGAGAAAACGAAAUGUCACAAGUGAACAAUUACUCGCAUGGUUUGCACCAAUUGAUGUUGCAGAAAAAUAUGAAAUGAAUAAUGAUAGUUCAGAUCUUUUUUUAUCAAUGUAA